AUCGCGGUAUUGUUUGCAUUUGAAGUAAGACACGCGCGUAUUUCAUUACUACAAUCGUUUAUUGAGCGCACAGUGAGUUUCAGAAUGUAGUCGUUUUGUUCGUUUAUAACAGUUGCACAUGCACGAUCAGCUGAUCAUCUCGAGCGUCUCCUCUAGGCCGUAUAAGUCUCAUCAGCUGAUCGGGCCGAGGUCGUCCUUGUCAUCGUUAAAAAUGGCGUCGCGGACGAUAGCAUCCGCGACGAUUCGAGCUGUAAAAGGAAGGAAAAUUCUUGCGACUCGAGCUGCGCUUACUCUGACACCCAGCGCUGUCAACAAAAUUAAAGAGAUUUUGAAAGACAAGAGUGAAUACAUUGCUCUUAAGGUUGGAGUGCGACAACGUGGAUGUAAUGGUUUGAGUUACACCCUGGAUUAUGCGAAAGAAAAAUCCAAGCUGGAUGAGGAAGUGGUCCAAGAUGACGUUCGCAUAUUUAUCGACAGGAAGGCACAGCUGUCACUCCUUGGAACGGAAAUGGAUUAUGUUGAAGACAAAUUGAGCUCCGAAUUUGUAUUCAAUAAUCCCAACAUUAAAGGGACAUGCGGAUGCGGCGAGAGUUUUUCAGUAUAGUGAAAUUUAGUGCAAAGUCUAUUUAAUAGUAAAUAUCUAUUUGAAUUAAACUUUGAUUCGUAAAUUCGAUUAUAUAUUAUAAUCGGUAAAAUAAAUUAAGGUUUAAUUCAAUUGAGAUACCUCUAAUGUCUUGUGAUAUUGAUAGCAUAUGAGAUAGUGAUAUGAGAUAACAUAUACACAGUGUCUUUUCUCAUAGCGAAAGGACUGAUUUUCUUCUAAGUACAACAUGUAGAUAGAUAUAUAACAAAUUCUACAAGAAUUUACUUUUCUGUAAAUUUUGUAAAUAUCUUAUCCCUUAUACAUCUUUUUCCACACAUGUGUCAUGUUUGUAUGUUUCAUUAAUGCAUAAUUAUAGUAUAACGCAUUAAUUAUAGUAUAAUUGAUUUGUUUUUAACUUA